AAGCAGUGUUCAUAUUCAUUAUUCUCUCUUUCGUUUUGAUGUGCAGAGAGAGAGAGAGAGAGAGAGAGAGAGAGAGAGAGAGAGAGAGAUCCGCAUUCCCCCACUGAGCAGUAAAGCAGUAUCAAUACUGUGCUGAGAUUUUGGAGGAGGAGGAAGAAGAAGAAGAAGAGGUAGAGAUUUCAAUGGGGGAAGAAAUGGAGCAACUGGUAAACAUGGGUUUUCCCGACGAACUGGCGGCGCAAGCUUUAGCUGCUACCGGCGGUAAGUCUACUCUCAAAGCCACGGAAUGGAUUCUCACACAUAAAUCCUCUUCUUGUUCUUCUCCUUCACCUUCACCUUGCCCCAAGCCCAAUCUCCCUAUUUCGAACCCUAAUGUCCAGCCCAAGCUCGACCGCUUCUUCCUCUUCCAGUCCCGCCCUCCGACCACGCCCUCCGCUGCGCUUCCUCAAUCGGUUCAGAAACGAGACCCUGCUGCUAUCGAUUCCGACGUUGCUGACCUUAACCUCCCCCAACUCUCCUCUAAGCGUCCGAAACUCUUGUCCUCCUCGAUCGUAUCGGUACCGGAUUCUUCUGCUGGGAAGGGGAAUCAGCCUCCGGACGAGCCUCUGUCGGAGCGGAUGCGGCCUCGAAAUGUCGAUGAUGUGGUAGGGCAAGAUCAUCUACUGGCGAAGAAUUCGAUACUUCGUUCUGCGCUGGAAUGUAAUCGAUUGCCUUCGAUUAUCCUUUGGGGUCCGCCUGGUACAGGUAAGACCUCCAUUGCCAAAGCUAUUGUAGGUUCCACUUCUUCUUUCUCUCAGUCUUUUCGAUUUGUGUCCCUGUCUGCUGUGACUUCGGGCGUUAAGGACGUUAGGGAUGCUGUUGAGGAAGCUAGAAAAACUAGAAUCAAGAACAAUAAGAGGACUGUUUUGUUUCUGGAUGAGGUUCACAGGUUCAACAAAUCCCAACAGGAUUCCUUUUUGCCUGUCAUUGAAGAUGGAAGCAUCAUCUUCUUGGGUGCCACUACCGAGAAUCCUUCUUUCCAUUUGAUCACCCCUUUGUUGUCUAGAUGUAGAGUUCUUACACUUAACGUAUUGAAACCCCACCAUGUUUCCGUGAUUUUAAAACGAGCUAUUGAUGAUUCUGAGAAGGGACUAGCUCGAACUAUUUCCAUGGGGGUUCAGGUUGGGGAUGAGGCCAUUGAUUUCUUAGCUGCUAAUUGUGAUGGCGAUGCCAGGACUGCUUUGAAUGCAUUGGAGAUCUCUGCUAUCACUGCUGCAGCCCGAUCCAACCCCGCCCAAAUUGACGAUUGCAAUGUAGAAGAUGCCAACGGGAAUGCCGUAAGGAAUCGAGGCGACACGGCCUCAUCAUCGUCUGGGGCCGUUGUUACUCUUGAUGAUGUGAAGGAGGCACUCCAAUGUAAGCAUCUUGCUUAUGAUAAAGCAGGGGAGGAGCACUACAAUCUCAUAAGUGCACUUCAUAAAUCCUUGAGAGGGAGCGAUGCAGAUGCUUCAAUUUAUUGGUUGGCAAGAAUGUUGGAAGGUGGAGAACAGCCUCUGUAUAUAGCUAGAAGACUUGUAAGGUUUGCAAGCGAAGACGUCGGGUUGGCCGAUCCAUUGGCUCUGAAUCAGGCUGUUUCUUGCUAUCAAGCCUGCCAUUUCAUUGGCAUGCCCGAGUGCAAUGUCAUUCUCGCGCAAUGUGUGGCUUACUUAGCACUCGCCCCGAAGUCAAUUGCGGUGUACCAAGCCAUGGGAGCUGCACAGAAGGCUGUGAGGGAAUCAGUUGGGCAAAAUGAAGGCGUGCCUCUUCAUCUUAGGAAUGCUCCAACAAAGCUGAUGAAGGAAAUUGGAUAUGGGAAAGGCUAUAUUUACACCCCAGACAAUCCCUCCGCAGCUCAAAGCUUUCUUCCACCAUCUCUUCAAGGUUACAAAUUUCUCAACUGGCCAGAAUCACAAGGUACACAAAAAUGACCAGUUAACGGUAAGUUUUCUGGUGAAUACCUGUUUUUUGGGACUUUUAACUUUCUUUUUGUGGAGCUUUAAACAUUUUAGUCCUUUUUCUGUUUGCCAUUUUCUUGGCAGGUCCUUAUCAUUGCAUUAAUGUUGAUGUUUGAAUGUAAUGAUGAAUUCUGUGUGCCCCAUCUGUCUAUCAAUGCCUUGAUUUUGUAUUGUUCCA